CAAAACGGUCAGGUCUCUUGUCAAGUACAUUCUUGCAUUGCCUUUCCUUAUUAAAAUGAACAUAUUCUUGCGUUAUGGCAUCCAUCCUCUUAAAGCAAAUGAUAGAUGUUUAAUCACAGAGUGAGAUUUGUAAUAUCUCGCCCUGUAGUGCGGUUGGAAGGUAGUCAGUGGUACUUCACGUCAGUGAGAUCUUACAGAGAGGAAGACAUCUUCAUGAACUUCUGCUAUUUUUGACUGCACUGCUCUGAGAGGUACAGAAAUGUCUGUGCUCCAGAUCACGUCCUUCAUCAUCAUCAGCUCUGUGUUUCUACACACUCAUUCAGAUUCACCAUCUCCCAUCCUUACACCCACUGAUCUGGAAAAAGUGAUGGAAGGAACUACAGUCAAUCUGAGCUGCUUUGCUGAAGCCCCCUGCCCUGAAAAACCUCCUACAAUAUCCUGGUCUAACAUCCCAGAAUCUGCCAACAUUACAACACAGUUACAGGAGAAACCUGAUAAAACCCAGUCAGUGUUUUCAAAUGUGACCUUCAAAGCUUCAUACAAAAAUCAUAAGAACAUCAUCUCCUGCACUGCUACAUAUACAAGAAAUACAUCUGAUGUCUCAACUGUAAAGAGCACUGUGAUGCUACGAGUCCUGUUUUCUCCAAAAGAAACUCACAUCACCAUCAAUCCAUCUACUUCAGUCUCUGUUGGCACUAAUGUGACUUUGACCUGUGAAAGCAAAGGCAAUCCAUCAACUCACAUGAACUACACCUGGUACAAAUGUGGACAGGAGAUGCUAAUAGCUCGGGGAAAGAAGAUUACUUUGAUCCUAAAUGACAGUAAUACAGGAUUGUACUUCUGCACAGCACAGAAUAAACAUGGCAAUCAGUCAUCAGCAAUUACAUGAAACGGGAUAAGAUGGACAACUCUAUGCCUUUGAUUGCUGGUUGUGUGGGAGGAACUGUGGCAGUGCUCACACUCUCUGCUAUUGGACUUUGGACAAGGCAUUUAGUUAUAUUUAGAUGAAUACAUUUACAUUUACUUUAUCAUCGUUAAUGUAAUUUUGAAAAAUGUACUGAGCAUUUUGCUUGAGCUAGAUUAGAGUCGGUCACAGUUAGAACAUAAGAGAGUUGCAAGCAUUUGACCUCAUAAAGUGACCAGAACAACUAUUAUAAAACACUUCAGUCUUGCACAGUCAGGUUAAGGUUUCAGUUGUACCCUUUAUUUCCUCUAACAGGACCAGGAAUAAGACACACAGGGAAGACAAUGUUGGAGAAGAAGAUUCCCUAAAUCAGGUUAAUAACACAGAUGCUGAUUAUGUCAACAUUGUCAGAGAUAUCAUGAUCAAUGAACAGAUAACUUCUGAUGAUGAAACACUGGUUAUCAUGUAUUAUGAAGAGACUGACAUAAGUCUCUUCAAAGGAACAGAACUAUUGUGCCACAGAAAAACUCUUCAACCAUGACGAAUACACAGAAAUAGAGUAUACUCAGCUGAGUUAGGAUUUAUGUGCUCAUGUGCUUUUUAGAGCAAAAAAAGGAAUACAAGUCAAAUAAUGACUUUUUCUAAUAUUGAAACCAAAUAAAUAUAUGUAACAAAUAAAAAUGUUUCAAGGGCAAAAUGUUUUUUGUGUGUUUUCCUGUAAGUACAAAAGGAGGUCAGU